CCAUCAUCCUCUCGAUCACAACCCCAACAAAAAUGGUCUUCGCUUCCCACGAUGCCCCCCGGCUGGCGGCCGUAGCCCUCCUCCUCCUCCUCGCCGCCGCCAGCGCCGUUGAGUCCAUCGGAGUCAACUACGGCACCCUCGGCGACAACCUCCCGCCGCCAGCCCAGGUGGCGCAGUUCCUCAAGGACAAAACAACCAUAGACCGUGUAAAGCUCUUCGACGCCAAUCCCGACAUCCUCCGCGCCUUCGCCAACACCGGCAUCCUGGUCGCCGUCACCGUGCCCAACGACCGGAUCCCCUCCCUCACCACCCCCAAGGCCGCCCGCCGCUGGGUCUCCGCCCACAUCAAGCCCUUCUACCCGGACACCCACAUCAACUACCUCAUCGUGGGCAACGAGGUCCUCCACUGGGGCCCACAGAACCUUAUAGACAACCUUGUUGCCGCUAUGAAGGCCCUCCACAAGGCCCUCCACAUGGAAGGGAUGGGCGAGAUCGCCGUCACCACCGCCCACUCCCUCGCCAUCCUCGAGCCCUCCGACCUCCCCAGCCUGGCCCGCUUCCGCGCCGGCUGGGACGUCGGCGUCCUCGCCCCAAUGCUGGACUUCCACCGCCACACGAAGACUCCCUUCAUGGUCAACCCUUACCCUUACUUCAUGUACUCGCCGGAGAAGGCCGACAUGGCGCUCUUCCGCCCUAACAAGGGGCUCUUCGACAAAUACACGCGCCGCACCUACGGGAACCUCUUUGACUUUUUGAUGGAUUCAGUGUAUGUGUCGAUGAAGAAGCUUGGGUAUGGGGACGUGGCGAUUUCGGUGGGGGAGACCGGGUGGGCGUCACAGGGGGAGGUGUUCGAGCAGCCCAAGUGCUCGGUGGAGAACGCGGCUGCGUACAAUGGGGCGUUGGUGAAGCAUUUCAACUCCGGGAGAGGGACCCCGUUGAUGCCACGGAAGAGGUUCGAGACCUACAUAUUUGCGCUCUUCAAUGAGAAUCAGAAGACGGGCUCUUUGGCGGAGAAGAACUUGGGCCUUUUCAGGCCCAAUUUCACUCCGGUCUAUGAUGUAGGAAUCAUGCGAGGUGGUGCUGGUGCUGCCCCUGCUAAGAAUAUUCCGAUUGGGAUGGGUAAAAGGUGGUGCGUGAGCAACUCGGACGCAAGCGAGGCAGUGCUUCAGAGCAACAUAAACUACGCGUGCAGCCAAGGGAUAGACUGCAAGCCUAUUCAAGAGGGUGGCGCGUGCUUCACACCCAACACUCUUAAAGCUCACGCUUCCUACGCUAUGAAUGCGUACUUUCACGCGCAAGGUCUCAAUCCACACAGCUGUGACUUCGCCGGCACCGGUGUAGUUAUCUCAACUGAUCCUAGUACACCUGCAUGCAAAUACGUCGCUUGAGAAGAAGCCAUUUUUGUUGGCGGUGAGAUUUAGACUUCAAUUAAUUGUAUUUAUAUGCCUGAAGUCCAGAAAGAGGGAUCAACCUCUAACUAAUUCAUUCCAAACAACUACAUAUUUUUCACAAUAUAUAUUUGUUGCUAUAUUUCAUUAUUCACUC